AUGGCAAGCGCUAAUGCCGCUCGCACGGAGUUGCUCACUCUGCCAGCGCUUGCGCUUCAGAUGGAGGUUGACCAGCUUAGAAGUUACCUUCCUGCUGUCGUCGACGAGAUUGCCAGGCAGAAAGGACCGAUACGUGUCGAGGACUCCGCUACGGGCGGCCUCAAGUUGGCCAAGGACAUCUUCACCGAGAAGAUAAGCGACAAUGACUCCCUUCAAACUGUGGUCGUGGGUUUGAAAGAAGGAUACAACCAGUACGUUCGAGAUGACCCUUCCUCGGGCGAGAAGGUAUCGUGGAAGCGGACGUUCGGAGUAAGCCGCUGCCAGGACCUGGGGCAGAAGAGACUGCCGGACGCUGUGGACUUCUUCCUGCGAAAGGCAGCCUCCAGCCGUGAGCUGUGCGCCGCGAUGAAGGCGUACCUGGACGGCUACUUCUGCCUGCCGGGGACGGCCGCCUGCAACACCGCCACGCGCGCGCGCCUGGAGGCGUGCUUCGCGCACAUCCUGGCGGCCUUCGAGGCGAGUCUGCCAACGCGAGUCCCCAACGGCGAAGCAGAGGGACUCUUCUUCGACAGCGACAUUCCUUUCAUUGAUGCCUUCUGGCUCGAGGACCCCGGAUCACUCUUCUAG